UGUAUUUCAUUCGUGGAGUAGUGUUCAUACGCCGGUUGCAGAAACCUUUUGAAUAUAAAUUAUUUUUAAUUAAAAUAGUUGUUAGUGGAAGAAGUUGAGUUUUAAUAACAAUGCCGCCAUCAAAGGAGCGUUUGGCUCGGAUUAAGCUGGCUAAACAGGAAUUCCUAAUUAAAAAAGGAAUAGUUCAAAGGAAAACACCAACGGAAAUUCGCUCGCGGCGGCAAUCUGUUCGUGCAAAAACCGCCAAUAGCACCAAACAGGUCGACGACGUAGGCAGCGAGGCCGACGAAAACGAUAACAGUGCGAUUCCACAGCUAUCUACGGACGGUCACACAGUGCCAAAGGGAAUUUGUUCGCGGCGGCAAUCCGUCCGCGGAAAACCCUGUGACGUCGGUCGCGAGGGCGACAAAAGUGCGCCAACUCUGUUAUCUACGGCCGGUCACACGGUGCCGAGCAUUCCAACGGAAAUUCGCUCGCGGCGGCAAUCCGUUCGAGGAACAAGUGUCGACGUAGGCCGCGAGGACGACGAAAACGGCAAAAGCGCGAAAACUCUGGUAUCUACGGACGGUCACAUGGUGCCCAGCAUUCCAACGGGAAUUCGCUCGCGGCGGCAAUCCGUUCGAGGAACAACUGUCGACGUAGGCCGCGAGGACGACGAAAACGGCAAAAGCGCGAAAACUCUGGUAUCUACGGACGGUCACAUGGUGCCCAGCAUUCCAACGGGAAUUCGCUCGCGGCGGCAAUCUGUCCGCGCAAAGACCGCCAAUAGCACCAAACAGGUCGACGACGUAGGCCGCGAGGCCGACGAAAACGAUAACAGUGCGACUCCACAGCCAUCCACGGACGGUCACACAGUGCCAAACAAUCCAAAGAGAAUUUCUUCGCGGCGGCAAUCCGUCCGCGGAAAACCCUGUGACGUCGGUUGCGAGGGCGACAAAAACGACAAAAGUGCGACAACUCUGUUAUCUACGGCCGGUCACACGGUGCCGAGCAUUCCAACGGAAAUUCGCUCGCGGCGGCAAUCCGUUCGAGGAACAACUGUCGACGUAGGCCGCGAGGACGACGAAAACGGCAAAAGCGCGAAAACUCUGGUAUCUACGGACGGUCACAUGGUGCCCAGCAUUCCAACGGGAAUUCGCUCGCGGCGGCAAUCCGUUGAUGCAAAGACCACCAAUAACACCAAACAGGUCGACGGCGUAGGCCGCGAGGCCGACGAAAACGAUAGCAGUGCGACUCCACAGCCAUCCACGGACGGUCGCACAGUGCCAAACAAUCCAAAGGGAAUUUGUUCGCGGCGGAAAUCCGUCCGCGGAAAACCCUGUGACGACGGCAGCGAGGGCGACAAAAACGACAAAAGUGCGACAACUCUGUUAUCUACGGCCCGUCACACGGUGCCCAGCAUUCCAACGGGAAUUCGCUCGCGGCGGCAAUCCGUUCGCGGAACAACUGUCGACGUAGGCCGCGAGGACGACGAAAACGGCAAUAGCGCGAAAACUCUGCUAUCUACAGACGGUCACAUGGUGCCCAGCAUUCCAACGGGAAUUCGCUCGCGGCGGCAAUCCGUUCGCGGAACAACUGUCGACGUAGGCCGCGAGGAUGACGAAAACGGAAAAAGUCCGACAUCUCAGUUAUUCACGGCCAAAAAAUCGCACAUAGUGCCCAGCAUUCCAACGAAAAUUCAUAAGCGUCAGCAAUCAGUUGGCAAAUGGAACGAGAAUAACGCAGAACAUCUUAUUGGAGGUCGUGAGGAUAUCAAACAUGAAUACAAUAAAACAACAUCCCAGUUCUGUUCCGUCGGCCAUAUGGUGUCCAGUCCAACAAAGUUGAAAACUGCUACUAACGAGUCAGAAAGUUUCGUUACACCAUCGGCAAUUCGGGUGCAAACCGUUCGUCGUAAAACCGAGGACAGCAAGAAACGGGUCGUUGGAGGUUGUGAGAACAGCAGUGUGACAAUAUCUCAGCCAUCUUCUUCCGGCCAUCCAGUGUCCAGCUUUAUAAAGAUGAAACCCAUCCGCGGGAAAGCGAGAACUAAGACGGACCAGGUCCAGACCAGCAAAACCGAAUUCAGGACAACAUCCGAAUACGAAUUCCCAUCCAUGCACUCCAAGCUCGAAGGCAGUUUCUGGCAACCUAAGGGCAAGCCCAUCAACAUCAAAGGAAGGUCUUCGAUUCCUCAAAUCAAUGAUAGAACAGCGAGCUCUGAAGAGCAUGGCAAUGAAUCCGUCGUUACACCGCCGAAAAAUGCUAUUCCUAAUAUGCCAACUACGUUACAAAGUGCAAGAGCAGGAGCAGGAGCGGACUUCCUUGGUUUGCCUCUUGUCGAGGCUUCCUCAAGCGUUUCAUGUAAGUUGGAGGCGGACACCGGACCGGGCACUGUUGAGUUGAAAGUUUCGUCAAAAGCUAAGAGUACUUGGUCGUUUAUUCGCGAGCUUCCGUUGAAAGACCUGGAUGAUUUCGUCCAGAAGUUGGGAGCAGGGAUUUCGACUAAAGUCCGAGAACACGCCGGCUAAGGGUCGAAUGCGAUACUACAAUUGUAGCCGGAUCAAAGUACGUGCAAAGCCUCAAUGUACGCGACAACUAUUGGCCUUUAUACCCAACACUACAGGAGACGUGUCAGUCAGUGCUAAAGGACAA